UCGUUUGAGUGAAUUGUGAGAGCUCCACGUCUACCGGAUAAAGAUCCUCCUCCUGCCACGUCAUCAUCUCCUUCUCCCUCCCCUCUCCCCCUCAGCCUUGAGAGAGCAUCAUCUGCGAUUUUUUCCGUUUCUUCUUCUUCUCAAACCAAAAUUAGUAGAAUAUUAUAUUACCCAAGCUGAUUUUGUGUGUAAAGCUUUCAUGGUAGAUGGCAGUUAAGCUACAUCGGCCGGGUCUUGUAUCCUCAAGCUCUUCUUCAAACCCUUGUCUAUCUCGGAUGUCCAUUGGAACCUUUAUAUCCUGCAGAAGAGUGGUUCAAUUUGAUUGCUUGUACCGGGGAAAUCCAAGGAGCCGAUUGUUUUUGACGUAUGAUGUUCUUGAAAGUAAGAAGUUCAUUCUUCAUAGGAGAUUGUUUGGGAACAAGAAGAUGAGUUCACGGAGGCCGUUUCUCCUUGCAUCUGCUGAAGACGGUGUGGCUGUUAAUGGUAACUCACAGUCGAGAUCCAGCGAUGAUGUUGAGGAGAUGAGGGCUAAACUCAGUGGAUCGUUGAAAGAUGAAUACACCUGUGGUGAACUCAUUCAGUCUUUACAUGAUGCUGCCAGAACUUUUGAGCUGGCUCUUAAAGAUAAGAUUUCCUCUUCUAGGUUACCUUGGUUUUCAGCUGCCUGGCUCGGAGUUGAUAAAAAUGCUUGGGUUAAGACGUUCUCUUAUCAGGCGUCCGUGUAUUGCUUACUACAAGCUGCAAAUGAGGUUUCAUCUAGAGGAAACAAUAGAGACGAUGAUCUUAAUGUCUUUGUGCAGAGGAGUUUAUCACGCCAAGCUGCUCCUCUUGAUAGUAUGAUGCGGGAUAAACUAUCAUCUAGUCAUCCUGAAGCCAAUGAGUGGUUUUGGUCUGAGCAAGUUCCUUCGGUGGUCACAUCUUUUGUGAAUUGUUUUGAGGGGGACCAACGAUUUGUUUCUGCUACCUCUGUCUAUGUCAAAGGCAAAUCCUCCUCAGCUGCAAGCAAUGAGUUUGAGGUGUCACUUCUCAUGCUUGUGCUGAAUUGCAUCGCAGCAGUCACAAAACUUGGCCCGACAAAACUUUCGUGCCCGCCCUUCUUUUCUAUGAUUCCAGAUACUACAGGGAGAUUGAUGGACAAAUUUGUUGACUUUGUUCCACUCCCUCAGGCCUAUCAUUCAAUGAAAAGCCUCGGUCUACGCAGAGAGUUUCUUGUUCAUUUUGGACCUCGGGCAGCGGCAUGCAGAGUAAAAAGUGACUGCUGUACAGAUGAGGUUGUUUUCUGGGUUGAUCUUAUACAAAAUCAACUGCUGAGGGCUAUCGAUCGGGAGAAAAUAUGGUCAAGGUUAACAACGUCUGAAAGUAUCGAGGUCUUGGAAAGAGAUUUAGCUAUUUUUGGAUUCUUCAUUGCCUUAGGCAGGAGCACCCAGUCUUUUUUAGCUGCAAAUGGUUUUAAUUCGCUGGAGAAUCCUGUGGAAGACCUUGUUAGGCACUUCAUUGGAGGAAGUCUCCUACAAUAUCCUCAGCUUUCAGCCAUCAGUUCUUAUCAGUUGUAUGUAGAGGUUGUCUGUGAAGAACUAGAUUGGAUUCCCUUCUAUCCAAUCAGAAAGGACUCCCAGCCAGCCGAACAAUCACAUGGGCAUAAAAGCAGACCACAAGGGCCACCUAACUAUGAUGCUCUUCCUCAGAUAUUGAAUGUUUGCUCUUAUUGGCUACAGAGCUUUAUAAAGUACAGCAAAUGGCCUGAGAAUCCUUCUAAUGUCAAGGCAGCUAAAUUCUUAUCCAAGGGUGCAAGGAAGAACUGGGAAUAUCUAGGUAGGAUAAUUAAGAGUGGUAAAUCGUGUAGGCAGAAUAACCUACAUAUCCAUCUCUGCAGAAUAACCUACAUAUCCAUCUCUGUGCACCUUACAUUUUUUUUGGCGGUAGCAGAAGCGGGUUUUAUUGACAUGAGUGCAUCGCCAACUGAUAGAGAGUCAAACUCAUUUGAUAAGGCUCUAGAGAGUGUAGAUGAAGCUCUGGUGAGACUGGAGAGCUUGCUACAGAAGUUGCAUGCAUCAAGUUCAUCUUCUGGAAAGGAACAAAUAAAAGCCGCAUGCUCUGACCUAGAAAAAAUAAGGAAGCUUAAGAAAGAGGCUGAAUUUUUAGAGGCGUCUUUCAGAGCCAAAGCAGCUUCCCUGCAAGAGGAUGGUGGUGAUAGUGACUCUCAGGAGUACUCGGAGGAACAAAGCCAAUAUGCAAAAGGAAAAGACUCCAAAAAUUCAAUAAAUUCUGUAGAUCAAGGCACAAGGGAUCGUGGAUUCUGGGGGUUCUUUGAGCGCAAUCCAAGAAAUAAGCCUAGCCGCGAGUCAUCGGCAGAUGAAUAUUUUGAGAAAUCCAAAGAAAAUGUAAAUAGUGUGGAUUCCAAACCCAAUGAGAUCUAUCGGUUCGAACUUCUACGGAGUGAACUGAUAGAGCUGGAGAAGCGUGUCCAAGGAAGUACAGAUGAGUCGGGAAGAACCUCUGAAGAUCCUCGUAGUAGUAUGAAAGGUGUGCAAUUGGUACAGAGCUCAAAGAAAGAAAACGUCAUUGAGAAAACUCUUGACCAAAUUAAAGAAACCAGUACGGACGUAUGGCAAGGUACUCAGCUUCUUGCGUUUGAUUCAGCUGCUGCUAUGGAACUCCUUAGGAGGUCUGUGGUAGGAGAUGAAUUAACAGAGAAAGAAAAGAAAGCCCUACGCAGAACCAUGACUGACUUAGCAUCAGUUGUUCCCAUUGGUGUUCUUAUGCUUCUUCCUGUCACAGCAGUUGGUCACGCGGCUAUGCUUGCAGCAAUACAGAGAUAUGUGCCAGGCUUGAUACCUUCGACCUACGGAGCUGAAAGGUUGAACCUGUUGAGACAGCUUGAGAAGGUCAAGCAAAUGCAAACAAAUGAAACAGAGCCUGAAGAAGGCAUCGAUGAAACAGAAUCAUGACUAGAUAAAGAAACAGAGAAAAACCACUUUAUACCUCAAAAGUUCACUUUGUUCUAUAGUUCAUUGACAAGAGUUGUGCAUAGAGAAUCUCAUUCCAUGUGUCAGGCACACCGGGUAGGCACCAAUGGCUGCAGUCUUGAGGAGCAUCAACAGGAGUGCCUUGCUCUCGAUACCGAGAAGGAUGACCAUCUUUCCUGAACUCUGUCAGAUAUGUAAUGUUCAGAAAUUUAACCUUAAUAUGUCGAUAUCUCAUUUCUUCAAUUACUUUAUAGAUAUAUUCGUUGUGGCUCGCA